AGGUGCUGGCCAGCAGAGGUCACCCAUCCAGGGAGGGAUCAACAUGGCCGACGCACCCCGGACUGUACUGAUCUCAGGCUGCUCGUCGGGAAUUGGCCUGGAGCUCGCAGUACAGCUGGCUCAUGACCACAGGCAGCGCUACCAAGUGGUGGCCACCAUGAGGGACCUGGGAAAGAAGGGGGCACUGGAAGCAGCUGCUGGAGAGGCUCUGGGGCAGACCCUCACCGUGGCCCAGCUGGACGUGUGCAGUGACGAGUCAGUGGCCCAGUGUCUCAGCUGCAUCCAGGGAGGGGAAGUGGACGUGCUGGUGAAUAAUGCUGGAGUGGGCCUGGUGGGGCCCUUGGAGGGGCUCAGCCUAGCUGCCAUGCAGAACGUCUUCGAUACCAACUUUUUCGGGGCUGUGCGUCUCGUCAGAGCUGUGCUUCCUGGCAUGAAGAAAAGGAGAAAGGGCCACAUUGUGGUGGUCAGCAGUGUGAUGGGGCUGCAGGGUGUCGUGUUCAAUGAAGUCUAUGCAGCCUCCAAGUUCGCCCUGGAGGGAUUCUUUGAGAGCCUGGCUGUCCAGCUGCUGCAGUUCAACAUCUUCAUCACCCUGGUGGAACCUGGUCCAGUGGUCACUGACUUUGAGGGGAAGCUCCUGGAGCAGGUUUCCACGGCCGAGUUCCCAGACACCGACCCUGACACCUUGCACUACUUCCGAGAUUUCUACCUCCCAGCCUCCAGGGAGCUCUUUCGCUCCGUAGGGCAGAGCCCACAGGAUGUGGCCCAGGUCAUCGUCAAGGUCAUCAGUUCACCCAGACCCCCCCUGCGCCGACAGACCAACGCCCGCUACACCCCGCUGGCUGCCCUCAAGGCUGUGGACCCCUCCGGCAGCCUUUACGUGCGCACCUCCCACCGCCUGCUCUUCCGCUGGACGCGCUUCCUCAACCUUGGCCUCCGAUGUCUGGCCUGCGGCUGCCUCCGCAUCCGAAUAUGGCCCCGGUGAGCAGAGCUUCACCCGACCCUCCCCACCUCUGCACAGCCAGGCGUCUUCAGUUCAUACCGAUCUCAGAGGCCUCUACGGACUCUUCAUUCAUUCAUGCACUCAGCAACCUGCCUGACCCACUCUGUGCCUGGGCCUUGGUGGGGCCCCAGAAAUCCCUCAGCCUCCAGGCACACACACCGCGCCCCCCCCCCCCCCCACCAUGGUCAGGGCUGGGACAGAAAGAGGGAGCCUUGGACCCUGGGCUGAGGAGCCCAGAGUAGGGAGGCUGGAGCUGUGUCUGGGAAGGCAAGGUAGGCUUCCUGGAGGAGGGGACAUCGUUGCUGGACCUUGAAAGAUGAAAUAGACUGCCUCAUUCAACCUCUGGACUUUAUUAUCUUGGGCCUGGAAAUACAAGGAUGAUCUAAAACGCCCUCUACAUAGAACCGAGUUGACUAAGGGGUCUUCAAGACUUUUCCGGUCACACAGCCCAUCAGCAAAAUGUUUCAUGCACUCACCAGCGGCACAUGUAUAUUUUUUUCAUCAGAUAUAUAUUUGUUACCACUAGCAAUCCCUAUAUUAAAUAUUUAAUAAAGCUCAACUCCCUAUGUCUAAAUAAAAAAUUUAAAAAGCAAUAAGGUUCACUUCACACACAUUAGAACGACUGCUAUAAAUAAACCGCGCAAACAACACUCGAGAAAAUAACAAGUGUUGGUGACAAGGUGAAGAAAUUGGAAGGCUUGUGCACUGUCGGUGAGAAUGUAAAAUGGUACGGUCACUAUGGAAAAUAGCGUGAUAGUUCCUCAAAAAACGAGACAGAAUUAUCACGUGACUCAGCAGUUCCAUUUCUGGGUGUGACCCCAAAGAACUGAAAGCAGGGUCUCAAGGAGAUAUUGGCACACCCACAUUCAUGGCAGCAUGAUUCACAACGGCCAAAUGUGGAAGCAACCCCAUCAACGGGUCCAUCAACAGAAGACUGGAUGAACACAAUGAGGUACAUCCACACGAUGGAAUGUUAUUCAGCCUUAAAAAGGAAGUCAGUUCCAACACCUGCUACAACACGAAUAAACCCCGAGAGCAUUAUACUCCGUGAAGUAAGCUAGACACGAAAGGACAGAUACUGUAGGAUUCCACUUGGAUGAGGUCCCUAGAGGAGUCCCAUUCACAGAGAUAGGAAGUAGAUGGUGGGCUCCAGGAGGGGGUGGGGAGUCAGUGUUUUGGGGGGACAGAGUCUCAGUUUGCAAGACAUAAUGCGUUCUGGAGAUGGGUGGUAGGGAGGGCUGCACAACCACGAGAAUGUACUUAACGCCACAGAACUGAACACUUAAAAAUGGUGAACAUGGUAAAUUUCGUGUUAUGUAUAUUUUAUCACAAUUAAAAUUUUUAUUUUUCAUUA